UUCUGCCUGUGCAAGGUGGAAUCCGGCCGCUUCCGGGUCGUCGGCUUCUUUUUGCGCACCUCCUCCCCCUUUAGCCACGCCGCAGGUGGAGACCGGUUUGCGCCUGGCUCCCUCGCAGUUCACCCCUUCGCGCUUGUUGCCGAGUCCCCGUCAGGGAGAUGUUGCUGAGGGGCUGGCCGGGCCCUGGUGCCUCCGCGGGGUUGUCGGCGGCGUUGGUGCUGCUGCUGAACUUGGGCUGGCCUGUCCGCGCCUCGGAGAUCACCUUCGAGUUGCCAGACAACGCCAAGCAGUGCUUCUAUGAGGAGAUCGCGCAAGGCACCAAGUGCACCCUGGAAUUUCAGGUGAUCACUGGAGGACACUACGAUGUUGACUGCCGCUUAGAAGAUCCAGAUGGCAAUGUGUUGUACAAAGAAAUGAAGAAACAAUAUGAUAGUUUUACCUUUACUGCCUCCAAGAAUGGAACAUAUAAAUUUUGCUUCAGCAAUGAGUUUUCUACCUUCACGCACAAAACGGUGUACUUUGACUUCCAGGUUGGAGAUGAUCCACCUCUAUUUCCCAGUGAAAACAGAGUCACUGCACUUACUCAGAUGGAGUCAGCAUGUGUUUCAAUUCAUGAAGCUCUAAAAUCUGUCAUUGAUUACCAGACUCAUUUUCGGUUGAGGGAAGCGCAAGGCCGCAGCAGAGCAGAAGACUUGAACACACGGGUGGCAUAUUGGUCAAUAGGAGAAGCCAUCAUUCUUCUUGUAGUUAGCAUUGGGCAGGUAUUUCUUCUCAAAAGCUUCUUCUCAGACAAAAGAACCACCACGACUCGUGUUGGAUCAUAACUCACAUUGAGAAAAUGCUUCAAAUCCAGUUUGUUUAAAAAAAAUUCUGUUCUUUAAAUAAUAUCUAGUUACAGAACAAUUAAACAUGGGGAACAUUUUAAAUACCUUUACCCUUCCCCCUCCACUUAAAGUUGCAAAACACAUUUUCCCAAAAAGCUGUGGGGAAAGGCAGCUUUUUAUUUGUGUUACAUGUUUUUUUUCCUCCUUCUGUUCAUAUCUGCUGAGAGAUCUAACUUAAGGUUGCUAUUUUUUUUAACUAAUAAGACUAUUUCGUAGGAACAUAGUGCUUUAAAGAAAAUCCUUUAGAUUGUUACUUAGAAGAUUGUCCAUAUAAAAAAUGGGAACAAUCUGAAUUCUCAAAUUUGGAAGGCAUGGGAAUAAAACAGAAGCAGAUGUGAUUAACUAUAGUUUCAAAACCUUGUACUGCACUGCUUUGAUUUGCUAUGAAAAUUCUACUUACAUUUUUGUGCAGAACCCUUUCUUGGGGUGGGCUUAUUUUACAGUACCAGAUUUUAGACUGAACUUUGAAGAAACCAAUUCUCUGUACAUUGAAAAAGGUCUGUGUGGUUUAUUGCAUUUUUUCUUUUUAAAAUCAAACAAAUGGGGAGAAUGUCUUGUAAUUCUUGAAGCUGAGUCUUUGAGCUUGUGGUGCUGCUGCUGCUGCUGCUUUGAAGAACCAAAAAAUCAGCAGGCUAUGACACAUACCUUCUAAAGUUUAGAUUCUAAGGUUGGUCAGUCCCACUUGAAGUCAAUAGAACUAAGCUAAAGUGCACUGGGUUAAAUAACUUGUGACUCAAAGCCAAUAUUGCAAUCUCUUUACUACUUGGGUAUCUGAUAGGAUGGCAUUAGCAUAAGUGGUUUGAGGAUUGUAAUCUAAAUAACUGGCUCAUUAAGCAACAUAUGUACAAAUGCUGGGCAUGGUUGAAUAACAUCUCUGAAUGUAUUACAUUUGCCUAUUAAAGAGUCUAAAUUAAUUGUUGGAAAAA